AUUAAUAUAUAAAAGUAAACACAGAAUCCGGAUUUAGUAAAUCAAAUUCAACGGGAUAAGAAGAAAAAAAAACCCUAUUUAAAAGGUAAAAAAAAACAUCAUAUCACUCCCAGCAAAUUAAAAAUGGCGAUCAAAGGAAAACAGCCUCACUUCAUCCUCUUCCCUCUAAUGGCACAAGGCCACAUGAUUCCGAUCAUGGACAUCGCCACUAUGCUCUCCGAACGCGGCGUCGCCUCCACCAUCCUCACCACCCCCCACAACGCCGCCCGAUUCCACCGCCGGAGCACACAAUCAUCCUCCCUAUCGAACAACAUUCACAUCCUCAACAUCGAAUUUCCAUGCGUCGAAGCAGGUCUCCCCCGCGGCUGCGAGAAUCUCGACAUGCUCCCUUCUUCCGACGACGUCAUGAAAUUCUUCAAAGCCGCCGCCAUGAUGAAGGACCAUAUCGAACACCUGCUCCGCCGCCUCAAACCCUCUCCCACCUGUCUAAUCUCCGACAUGUGGUUCCCCUGGACAACCGACCUUGCCCUAAAACUGCGAAUUCCGAGACUCGUUUUCUACGGGACGAGCUGCUUCUCUCUCCUCUGCAUGCACAUCCUCGGAAUCUCCGACGAUUUUCAUGCAAUGGCUUCCGAUUCCGACUACUUUGUCGUCCCUGGUUUGCCCGACAGAAUUGAAGUCACGAAAGCUCAUUUUAAGGCAACUUUUGACCAGCUAACCCCUGAGUGGACUCGGAUGUGGGACGAGUUGAGAGAGGCCGAGGCGAAUGCAUUCGGAACGGUCUCAAAUUCUUUCGACGAACUGGAGACGCACUACAUUGAAGGUUACAGAAAAGCCAAAGGGAACAAUGUAUGGUGCAUCGGUCCAGUUUCACUAUGCAACAAAGAGGAUUCCGACAAGGCUGUAAGAGGCAACAAGGCCUCGAUUUGCGAGCACGAGUGCAUGAAAUGGCUCGAUUCGCACGAACCGAGUUCCGUUAUAUACGUUUGCCUUGGAAGCAUGUCGAACAUAGCUACCUCACAGUUGAUGGAGCUAGGGUUAGGGUUAGAAGCUUCGAAGAAACCCUUUAUUUGGGUUAUACGAAACGCUUCCGAUGAACUCCAAACAUGGCUAUUGGAGGAGAAGUUUAGAGAGAGAAACAAUGGGAGGGGGCUCUUGAUCCAUGGGUGGUCCCCGCAGGUGUUGAUUCUCUCACACCGUUCGAUCGGAGGGUUUCUGACGCACUGCGGGUGGAAUUCGACUCUGGAGGGGAUAACUGCGGGUGUGCCGAUGAUGACGUGGCCGUUGUCCGCGGAGCAGUUUUUCAACGAGCGGUUGAUAGUGAAUGUGAUCAAGGUUGGAGUGAGGGUGGGGGUUGAAGUGCCGGCGAUGUUUCUAGAGAGAGAGAAUGAUGUGGUGAAGAGUGAGGAGAUUAGGAGGGGUGUUGAGGUGUUGAUGGAUGAGGGAGAAGAAGGGAGAGAGAGGAGAGAGAGAGCGAGAGAGAUGGGGGAGAUGGCGAAAAGGGCGGUGGAGGAAGGCGGAUCUUCUCACCGGAAUAUGGCGGCGCUUAUACAAGAUGUGGUGGUUCAACAGUCAAUGCUAGCAGAUGAUCAAGAAAAUGCCUGAUAUUUAUAUAUCUAUCAUAUAAUAUAUCAUGUUCUUGUGUAAUGUAAUAUGUCAUAAAUAAACUGAAGUAGUAUGAGUGUUCCUCCAAAAAUAAAUAUAUCUUUCUAACAAACCCUAUCGUGAAACAAUAAAAGAAGCUAU